GUUUUGAAACCGUGACGUUUUCAUACCACAGUAAACCUUGAAACCGGGACAUGCCUACUCCUGAUGCUGCAUCAUCAGAAGGCUCCCUCUCUCUCGUUCCACGUUUAGUAAUCUGAAACGUUUGAGGGGGAAAAAAGAAAAGGAGGAGGACUAGAGCCGGCCUAGAAGGAGAAGAAGGAUGGACCCUUAAAGAGCCGCGACAAGCGAGCCGACUCUGCACACGAGUCGAGCCGAGCGAGGAGCCUCCUCGAACGGACUGGAGUCAGACGAGGAGCCGGUGACGGGUGGAGGGGAUAUAUACUUUUUUUUUUAACUUCCAAAGUAGGACUUUCCGAUGAUUCUCAGAUGGGUGACUUUGCACAGCGUCUCGUGAGGAGCAGAUGAUGAAGAAUUACAGCGGUAGUCCGCCUCACAGUAACAACCAGAGCCCCCAUCACGGCCACUUCAGGGACCACCGCAACCACAAGUUGAGCUCGCUCGCCUCGCUUCCUUGGCGCUUGCCGCUCCGAGCCUAUGGAUUCUGCAUGGCGGCGCUUUUCGUCUUCUGCUUUGCCUCUCUCUUCUACCAGCUCAACGGAGGACCUCCAAGAGUCCUGCUGGACUUGCGACAGUUUCUCGGUUCAUCUACUUACGAGGAUGACCACGGACCUCCUAUUCCAAGAGUGCUCCCGUUCCCUAGCCAGGUGGUUUACAACCGCGUGGGCAAGUGUGGCAGCCGCACAGUUGUGAUCCUGCUGCGCUUGCUGGCCGAGAAGCAUCAGUUCAACUUGGUUUCGUCGGACAUCCAUAAUAAAACACGACUCACCAAGUAUGAGCAGGUGGAUCUCAUGAAGAACAUCAGCAAUAUCCCCCAGCCGUUCCUUUACACACGGCAUGUUCACUUCCUCAACUUUACCAGGUUUAAGAUCGAGGAGCCCGUCUACAUCAACAUUAUCCGUGACCCCAUUAACCGCUUCCUUUCCAACUACUUCUUCCGUCGCUUCGGUGACUGGAGGGGGGAGCAAAAUCACCUCAUCCGCACCCCACAGAUGAAAGAUGAUGAGAGAUACCUGGACAUAAACGUGUGCAUUCUGGAGAAUUACCCAGAGUGCUCCAACCCCAGAGUCUUUUACAUCAUCCCUUACUUUUGCGGGCAGCAUCCGAAAUGCAGAGAGCCUGGCUUGUGGGCUCUGGAGAGAGCCAAGCAGAAUGUAAUAGAGAACUACCUGCUAGUGGGCAUCUUGGAGGAGCUGGAAGAUGUGCUACUCCUUUUGGAGAGGCUCCUACCGCACUAUUUUACCGGAGUAGUCAAUAUCUAUAAAAGCCCUGACCACAAGAAGAUGGGCAACAUGACGGGCACAGUACGCAAACAUACGCCCACCCUGGAGGCACUGCAGGUGCUCUACCACCGCAUGCGCUACGAAUACGAAUUCUACAACUUCAUUCGGGACCAGUUCCACCUGAUGAAGAAAAAAUUGGGCCUGAAGUCAGAGGUCCGACCGCCCGCCUACACACCCGCCUUCCUCCGGGAGCUAGAACUGCGGACCCCCGAGCCACUGGACGAGGACGAGGAACUGGACACCGAUAUGGAGGAUGCAAACAACUGGCUAGUCCAUCAGUAAUAUCUGAACUCCUGAUGAAAGAAAUGGACCCUUGUCCCUCUGUCUUUGGAGACAAUUAGACUCCGUACAAGGUGCUUUUUGACACCAGACUUUGCGGACAGGUUCAGCACCGGGGACGACUCGCACAGAAAAGGACAAUAUUAUUUAAAAGUUGACUGAGGAUGACGGGAAAUAACGUUUAACUCAGUUGUACAUGAAGCAAGGCUUUCCUUUUUUCUGCUUUGUUUUCCCGAUUUCUUCUUCAAUACAGAAGCGGUUAUUGCUGUAUUCUCCAGGAGAGAUGAAGCACCGGGAUACAGACUGUGGCCCCAAAAGAUGGGAAGGUACAUUAUGGUUAGAGUUGAUGUUUAUGUAGAUAUUAUAUUAUAUUAAAAAAAACAAAGAAGCCAAACAUCAUUGAAUAGAAUAGUGCCAAAAUUGUUUUACGCUUCUCACAAAAAGUUUGGGAAAUUGCGAAAAUUCAGAAAUACAUAAACGUUUUGCAUUACAAUGUACGCGAAGAGUAGAUAAAUAUGCUAUUUUUUAUGUUGUUCAAAAUCUCUGUUUGGAAAUUCUCCCCAAUAUUCCAAACUUUUUGUGAUUACGGUGGUCUGAAAAAGUAUCUGAACCUUUUGGAAUUUCUCACAUUUCUGCAUAAAAUCACCAUCAAAUGUGAUCUGAUCUUUGUCAAAAUCACACAGAUGUAAAAACAGUGUCUGCUUUAACUAAAACCACCCAAACAUUUAUAGGUUUUCAUGUUUUAAUGAGGAUAGCAUGCAAGCAAUGACAGAAGAAGGACAAAUAAGUAAAUGAAUCCUCUGCCAAAGGAGACUUAUCGAGCAAUUGAAACCAUUUUUUAACGAAAUCACUGCCUAAUCACUUAUGUGUGGUUUAGAGCUGCCCUGCCCACUAUAAAACACACACCUUUUAAGAAUUGUCUUGAUGAGAAGCAUUGUCUGAUGUGCAUCAUGGGUCAGUCAAAAGAGCUGUCUGAAGACCUGCGAUCAAGGAUUGUUGAUUUGUAUAAAGCUGGGUAAGGAUUAAAAAAUAUCUUUAAAAGUCUGGAUGUUCAUCAAUCGACAGUCAGAGAGGUUGUCUACAAAUGGAGAGUGUUUGUCACUGUUGCUUCUCUCCCAAGGAGUGGCCGUCCACCGAAGAUGACGCCAAGAGUUCAGCGCAGAAUACUCAGAGAGGUAAAAAAGAACCCUAGAGUGUCUGCUAAAGACUUACGGAAAUCAAUGGCACAGUCCAAUAUCUCUGUGCACACAUCACCUAUAUGUAAAACUAUGGCCAAGAAUGGUGUUCAUGGGAGAACUCCGUUGAAGAACUGCUGUCCAAACAAAACAAAACAAUGUUGCUCGUUUAAUGUUCACAAAAAGGCACUUGGAACCUCCACACAGGUUUUAGCAAAAUAUUUUGUAGACUGAUGAAACCAAAGUUGAAUUGUUUGGGAGUAACACACAAUGUCACGUGUGGAGGAAAAAUGGAACAGCUCACCAAAAUCAACACCUCAUCCCCACCGUGAUACAUGGUGGAGGCAGCAUCAUGAUUUGGGGCUGUUUUGCUACGUCAGGGCCUGGACAACUUGCGAUCAUUCAUGGAAGAAUGAAUUCAAAAGUUUAUCAAGAUGUUUUGCAGGAAAACGUUAGGCUGUCUGUCAGACAGUUGAAGCUAAAAAGAGGAUGGAUGGUGCAGCAAGACAAUGAUCCAAAACAAAGAAGUAAAUCAACUUCAGAAUGGUUUCAGAAGAACAAAAUACACGUUCUGGAGUGGCCAAGUCAAAGUCAGGACUUGAACCCCAUUGAGAUGCUGUGGCAUGACCUAAAGACAGCGAUUCAUGCCAGACAGCCUAGGAAUCUGACUAAACUACAGCGGUUUUGUAGAGAAGAAUGGACCAAGAUUAGUCCUGAACGAUGUGCCAGACUGAUAUGCAGCUACAGAAAGUGUCUGGUUGAAGUAAUUGCUGCCAAAGGGUGGGCCACAAAAUAUUAAAUGGGAUUGUACAUUUACUUAUUUUUCCCACUUCUGUCACUGUAUGCAUACUAACCUCAUUAAAAUAUGAAAACCUAUAAAUGUUUGGGUGGUUUUAGUUAAAGCAGACACUGUUUUUUCAUCUGUGUGAUUUUGACAAAGAUCAGUUCACAUUUGAUGGUGAUUUUAUGCAGAAAUGUGACAAAUUCCAAAAGGUUCAGAUAUUUUUUCAUACCAAUGUAUGUAACUGUAUGCCAGUGCCAAAUGUCAUCGAGCCAUGAAGCUGUAUAUAAGCACAUUUCCAAUGUGCAGCUUUUGCGAUACGGUACAGAGUUUAACACACAGCAGUACAGUUGAACUCAUUCACCAGCCACAGACGGCGAUAGACGUCCAAUCCAUUUUAACUGGGAGUAUUUGUUCACUUGCUGCCACCCUUCAAGUCCAAAUGUAUUGUACAUCUACUACCGUCACUGGCACUAAAACGUAAUCACUGCCAGCCCCUUCCAGUUCAAAUGGACCAAACUGUCCCGCCUGUUGGAAAUGUGGCUACGAGUGAUCCGUGCGUUUUGAGAUGUUAUUCUUGUUAUGAAAGGUAUAAAUGAGGGUUAAACCGUAUGCACUCUAUUAUGAAUUCAAAGAAUUCCAACAAAGUGCGCAAGUGUGACUGUGUUUGACCAUAGUUUAGCAGAGAUUUAUAGUUUGCUUUCACUUUGUUGGGACUUGAAGUUGGCCAGAGUUAUUUGCUAUGAAUAAAAGAUAAAUAACAUUUAUGCAGAUACAGUAUUUCCAUUGCAAAAAAUUCUGUGUACCCACAGAAAUCUGAUUUUGAAUUAGCAAAUAAUGGAACCUGAUUGAUUUGAAAGGAUGUGGUUCAGUUUUGAAGUACUUGCUUUACAUCAGCACUCAAACCAUUUAUAGUGUUGUUUUUAUUAUGAAUUGUUGUCCCAAUGUCGAAGCACAAUUAAUAUUGACAUCGUGGUCUACCACUGUUCUCUCCCACACACUCAAAGCAAGAUUAUAUAAAAAACACUGUAUGUGUUGGUCACAGAGUUACAUCUCAGUCAGAUCUAUUUCCACAAGCAGCUAAAAAAGGAAUUCCGUCACAUACAGUUUAACUGAGAACGAUAAACUUGCUUGGUCUUCUCCGAAUGUUGUCCUGCUUUGUGUUCACCUUCCUUUUAAUUUAUUAUUAUUAUUUUCUAUUCAUUUCUAUGCAUUCUGCAUCAAUUUCUCAGGAAGGAAAGACAAAACUGUUGUAAAAAUAAUUGUAUCAUUUCCAACUUGGCGGCUAUGAAGAAAAUUCCUGGCGUUCCCUGGGAAGCAUUGGAUGAGUUUGUUUCAAAAAAGGAAAAAAAAAAAAGAGCUACAUUUUACACUCUUCCAAAAUAAAC